GUCUUGCGCCAGAGUUAGUAGAAGUUCCUCGCAACCAAAGCAUUGAUAUAGGGGCCAAUGUAACUUUCAACUGCACCGCCACAGGUCUUCCUAAGCUAAGCAUUUCAUGGAUCAAAAACAGUGAUUCAUCUGCCUUACAAACCAACUCAAGGGUGACAUUCAGUUCAAGUUAUAACAAUUUAAGUUCAUCAAAAAACCACAAAACCAUGCAAAGCCGGCUGUUUAUUACAGGAGCGAAGAAAGAAGAUUUUGGCAAAUAUCAAUGUGAGGCCAAAAACAGUGCUGGUAAAAAUUUGUCGCUGCCAGCUUUCUUAACCUCGAAAGAUUCAGGUUAGACAUGAAUAUGCAUUAGUGUAUGUUUGUCCUCCCUAUCACUUCAAAGUUGAAAACCCACGAAGUCUUCCCGUUGCAUGUCAACUCAGUCUCCCAGUUGAAAUUUCCCCAACACCAAGUAAGCGAGAAAAGCUCGGCUUUUGGAUGAUUGCCUCUUGGUGUACAUUUCCGUAGAUUGUAAAAACUCUCGGAGUGUCACCAGAGUAUCAAGAGCUAGAAAAUGAGCAGUUUUCUGUGAAAUGUUUAUACAAAUUUUUUAAGUUGUCAUGUCAGUUUCACCCGGUCACUGUACCUCCUCAGUCUUCUUAUCAUCAAGACUCCCCUUUAAGUUCAAUUCUCUUCAAACCGGGUCAUUCGAGCGGCAAAAAAGCCUUGGGCCCCGACAUCCCAAAGAAAGAUCACAAAUGAGACAAUUCAUAACUUCCCAUUCAUUCAUAUUACUUAAUUUUGUUUCAAUUGUCUAGAUGACCAGAAACCUGAGAUCGUUGAGGGUCCAAAGAACCAAAGUGUCCUGAUCGGUUCCAAUGCUACCUUAAGCUGCACUGUUAGGGGUCUCCCAAGGCCAACAAUCCGCUGGAUAAAGGACAAUUCUUCAUACCCUUUACAGUCUAAUCUCAGAGCACGUGUCAUUCCAGACGGGCCAACCAAUCGCAGCCAGCUUUUUAUAACGAGAGUACAGAUGGAAGACUAUGGAAAAUAUCAAUGCAUUGCAAAUAAUAGCAUUGGAAGAAGCCAAUCAGGAGUAGCUGUCUUGAACAAAGGUUAGGUUUUUUUUAAAUGGAAGGGAAAAAAAUAGGGUGAGAGGGGUCCUUAACUACAAGUGCUGUUCUUAAGAACAACGUAUUUUUUAUAAUUUAUCCACAGCAACUCCUACUCUCACCCACGUGAAAAGAGAGCCAGAAAAUUCAGCAUCUCAGACAACUAUAGUCGCUGUAUCAUGCACUUUGGCAGCUGUAGUUAUUUGUGUAGUCACUGGGUUUGUGUGGAAUCGGCGUAGAAAUCGUGAUAAGGAGGUAAAUAAUGCGUUACGUUACAUCCCCACACAGAGUAAUGAUCUCCUCUGUCCGUCAUGCGACUUUGCUUGUGCUGGCGUCUAGACGAAUGCUGGGAUUGACCAGCCAAGAACCAUGCAGUUUUCUCAGGGGUUAAGAUGCAGAGUCGAGAAAAACUUCCCAAAUUCAACUGAUUAUUAUCAUUAUUAUUGUUAGUAUUAUUAUUAUGAGUUGUUUUCCCUUUCAUGGUGAUUUCCGUCAGUUUGGCUUUAUUUGGCAAAAUUCGGUCUUUAAAAUGAGUCAAGGCUUUGGAAAAUGCCCAUUUCUGUCCCUACUUGGUCUACUCCAAAUUGUCCUUUCCUCAACUUUGGGUCUGUAAAUACCUCAUGCAGAAACAAGCAAAAGCUUGCGCGACCCAUAUUUAGGGGGUUUAUGAAGCAGUUCAAUCUGAAAAAAAGCUAUAUUCCUUACUUACAUACCUUAGAAUUAUCACAUUUGAGGAUUAUCGUUGUGAAAGAUGGUGUGUCUAUUUCAGCUAAAUUUGUUUGCUUUUUUAUCAAACAAACGCUAUUUAAAUCGCAUACGACUAGUAAAUCAGAGUGCGAGAGAUUUCAGUUCGUCCAGUUUAAAUUCAUGAUUAUGAAGGGGACUCAAACAAGUGAUGAUGAUGAUAAAUCUUGGAUAGAUAUCACAAUUGCCUAUUCUCUUAAAUCAUAUGACAGGGACGAAAACGUGCAAUAAAGGUGUAUCUGAAAAAAGGCCAACAGUUGAAAAAUGGGAUACAGGACCUUGAAAACAAUCGGUCGCCCAAUAGCCAAACCAUCGAAACCCCCGAGGAAAGGCUCCCGUUAGUGGGGGAUGGAGUAGGGAACAGACUGCCUCCAGACGGAAGCGAGCAGGAUGAUUCGGUGCAAGGAAUAAAAGAUAGAGGUCAAGAGAGAUUAGAGUCGGGUGAGGGGAUUGCUGGUGGUCACAUUUUCACAGCUGAUAAACACUUAGGUGUCGACGAACAGCGGGAUUGUGGAGAGAUAUCUCAAGGGACCGAGGAAGAAUCUGAAAACUUGGAAAAUCUUGAAGUGUUUGAUGAAAUACUCGGAGAAGGCGAGUUUGGAAUCGUCUACAAAGGUCGCUAUGGUGGGAAAGACGGAAACAUAACAGAUGUAGCUGUGAAAAAGCUAAAAGGUAGGUACACGAAAUCGAAAUGUCUAUUUGUUAAUUCCUGAGUACAGUGGUAUACCUCUAAACUGAUUUUUUUUUUCUUUUUCGAAGCUAUGCACCAUCUUGAUUUUUUCAUCAUUUUCUUUUUGGUGGAAAACACCCAUAAAGUCUGCUAUUGCCUCCUCUGAACGCUUUCUGUAGCCUUAACCAAGCCAGUUUUUUCCAUACGUAAUUUUAUUACCAUAGCCAGAUACGAUGAGCGAACUACGUAAAAUGAAGCAAUUUAAGAAAUGCCCUUGUUUUUUUUCUCUACGUCAUUGUAGACCCUAGUGCCAUUGCCAAAGAAACCCUGCUUAAUGAGAUAAGGACCUUAAAGCAAGCUGGGAAACAUCCUAAUAUUGUCACUUUGAUUGGCACAAGGAUGGAGGAAGGUAAGUCAGUUUUCGACGAUGCAAUGCCGUCUUAGAAAUAUGCGUGUUUACUUGGUGAUUGACAGUAACAUGGUAACGUUCCAGCCGCGUGUAAGAUCAGUUAGAACAGUGCAUGUACUGACCUUAUGAUUAAAGACAGAUGAGUACACUUAAUACAUGUCAUGUUAAAAUCUGUGCUUCUUGAUCGGAAAACAUUUUUUUCUGGGCUAAUUUCAGGGAAGUUCAUAUGAAAUUUUUUUCCUGUUUUUUUGGGCACCAACUAAACCUAAAUUACCGACGAAUCAUCUUUUGAUCAACCCAAGGUGCCAAUAAUGUCUAAUUUCUUUCUCUUGUCAACUCUAAUGUGUUUGCUCUACUCUCUCAAGGAAACGUUCUUGUGGUCACUGAAUUGAUUCAUGGUGGCAGUCUGGAAAAUCUUUUAAGGGCGCCAGGGGAAAGGAGCAAUUAUCAUAAUGUCUGCUGUAAGCUGAAUGACCGGCAACUGGUCACAAUUGCAUUUCAGAUCGCCAUGGGAAUGCAGCACUUAGAGGAGAGAAAGGUAAGACCGGCUGGCAGUGUGUAGAGGUGUAGAGGUAAAUUUUCCAACCUUCCAUUAGAGAUGACUGUUCUCAAGAGAUUAGAGACAGUUGAUAAUCUCUUGCUGCACUAAAUAUAACGCGGGCAGUUCGAGGUUUUGAAGUGGCUUAAAGACAUAUUGGCGAUCUCGGGCAUUUUGGUUUAGGCCAUCCAAUCAUUCGUGAGCCUCUGUUAAGCAAAUAUUUAUAACGCAGGCAAUCCCAGUUUGUAAAUUGUCUUCAGAACACCUUGAGGAUCUUUCGCACUUUCGUAUAGGCCACUCGAAGCGUCUCUAAGCAAAAAAAAUUAUACAUUGUCUUCUCUCACAGUUUGUCCAUCGCGACUUAGCAGCGAGGAAUAUUUUAGUUGAUGCCAACUUGGUGGCUAAAGUUGGAGACUUUGGAUUAGCCAGGGACAUAUCCGCUGCUGGUAUAUACACCAUAACUUCCAGCGUAAGUACGCUUUUCAAUCAAAAUCAACAACUAAACAGAAAAAUGAAAGAAACUGAAAUGCAUUUAAAUUGAUACUCUUCCUUGGUACAAUCGAGCAGAAUAAAUGAAUUUAUUCUAACGAUAUAAUUUACAUUGAAACUGUCAAUGAACUGUGUAUUAUGUGACACGUUUACUUAAUUAAUCAUAACAAUUACAAUUUCUUCAAAUGUGAUUGAUGCACAAGGCGCUUUAUAUUUCACAAAUUUUUUCCGUAGAUUUGUAAUCGGACAGUUAGCUGUAAUUGGACACCUGUAAUCGGACAGGUUAAGCAGCCAAUCCUACCCAGCCAAAUCCACCGAACACAGAAUUGAUUACAUUAACUAUAGAAACAACCAUUUUACCCAAAAAAACUGGGGAGUUUCGUGACAAACAAAUCGGACUCCCGCUUCGUGGCCCUCUGAUUUGUUAAUCACUCGUAUAAUUACAGACCGAAUUGGACUCCAUUCGGUCUUUUACCAUUAUUAAUUAUGGGAUAGUGUCUGAACCUAGGAUAAUGUUAAUAACAAUAAAAAUAAUGGGCACGCUAACUAUUACUCUGGUUUUUUACUGGAAAUCAGUUAUAAUUAUAAACCAUUAUAUAUCUUAACGUCGAAAAAGAACUCGCUUACUAUAAUGAAUGCAUCCUUCCGUUUCAUAAGUCAUCCGCUUCACAGUUUCAAAGGGCAUUGCCUGCACUACAAACAGUAACUUGCUCACAUGAAUCUAUCUUUUCAACAGGGCAAGGUUCCGUGGAGAUGGUCGUCGUUAGAAUCUCUACGAGAUCUGCAUUUUACAUCCAUGAGUGAUGUGUAAGUUUCAUAUUGUCUUUGUCAGUUUUCUGUCUCUUGACUUCGAGUCGAAAGUAUUGCCUAGUUGAAAGGAUUUCCGAAAAAAAAAACUUCUGCCGUGCGCUCGAUUAUAUCCCUUGGAGCAUUGUCAUGGUUACAUCUGGGCUUUCUUUUACGUUUUUUGUUUGUCUUCAUGUACAUGUACAUGCAUGGUGUAUCUAUACCAAUUUGCAUUUAUGGACACACCAUGGGAACUUAGUGUGACUUAAGAAAUUCCUUCCUUCAAAUCGAGCAUCAUAUGCACAUAUUGCCUGAUUGAAAUUAAUACCAGAGGCAAGGUCCACAUAAAAGGAAAGACUCAACGAAGUUUUGAGUGAUGUAAAUAUCCAUUAAACACUAAAAGAAUACGAGACUCGAUCUUUAAUCAAUUCGGCGCUAAUAGUUCGAAUUCUUUAUUCAUUGAAGUUAUUAACCCUUUCACUCCCAAGAUCUCAUUGUUAAUUCUCCUUACUGUCUACCACACAAUUCUUUAUCUUCUAUUCGGAGAAUUUGGUAUGGGCUCAACUAAUAAUCUCUUUAUUGGUAAUUUUUUUAAAAAUUAAACCGUCUUUUCUUAAAUCACAUCACUUGCCUGCUUGAUAUUGUAUUGAUAUUGUAAGGAGAAAUUCUGUUUUGGGCUAAGGCCUUGAUACUUAUUUGCAGCUGGUCAUUUGGUAUCGUUCUAUGGGAAAUCACCACUUAUGGUAAGUGUGAUGUGUUACUAUGUGCGACUUAAACGACAUCUUAUGAACUACAAAUCAUAUUCUCGUCACGAGGCUCCAAUCCGUAAAGCAACCCAAAGUUAGCAAGGCUGUUCUGUAAAGCUAACAAUAUAGACACUAGUAUCUUCAUUUUGAAAAUGACUAUUGCCAGUCGGACGAAACUAAACAAGAUGAGAAGACCGCUUCCAGGUAUAGGUUGUGCUCGUGUCAAACAUUUUAUACGUGCUAUAUCUUAUUUGUCACAGUGCUGCACUUAAUUUUAUCUACCUAAAUCAUCCACAUAAAGUCUUUGCAAGUCUCUAUUUAUUCACAAAGUUAUUGCUGAAAUACUUAUUGUCUUAAAUGGUAUUCUUUAAAAACUGAAAUCGUUAAAUCAUAUCUUAUAUCCGCCAAACAGGUGAGUUGCCAUACUCUGACAUCACAGGGCCAAUUGCCUUAGUAACUCGACUUGCUUCGGGAUACCGGAUGCCUCGUCCCGAUCGAUGUUCGGAAGAACUGUAAGCUAUAAAGCCCUAAAUAAUGCUGGUAAAAUUCAAUUGAAUCAUUGAAUAUCAAGAAGGCUAUAAAAAAUGGACGUUUAUCUCCCGGAUUUUUCUAAAAGUAAUUGAAAAGCGUUUUACCUUUCGAGCAAAGUCUCGCAAGAUCCGCUGACAUCAUCAAAUCAAAUGUCACAUUCGGCCAAUAUGUGAUCUUUUGAUGAUCAUUGUCAUGAGUUCAAAAUCACCCCUUUGCACCCCUUUCCACGCUUGGUAUGGUCAAUUCAGAUGCUGAGGGUAUCAGUUGCAAGACAAUGUUAGCUAAUACUGUACUGAAUUUUUAGAUAUGAGCUCAUGAGUUCUUGUUGGAAAGAAAAUCCUUUGAUGAGACCAGCGUUUUCGCAGAUCGCUCAACAGCUGAAGAAUUUUUUGCGAGAAGUGAAGGUAAUUAAUGAUUGUAUUUAGAAGGUUUCUUCCCAUCCUUUCGCUGUUCUAAAAAUUAUAUCUGCCCUCUUCUUCCUCCUUCCAUUUAUUCAUCUUUGCUUCCCUUCACCCUUUCAUGAAUCCCUUUGUCACCCUGUCAGUCCUUCUGAUAAACCUUUUAUCGUCAACUGCAGCUAUCCACCCAUCCAUUCGUGCACAUAGUCAUCCUUUCCCGUCUAUCUAUAUGACCUUAUUUUUCGUCCGUUCCUUCUUUUGCUUGUUCCUAAGUCCAUUCUCGAUUAGAUUUAGUUCUUAUACGUUGUUUCUAUCAUUAUUCAAAUUUUUUUGCGACUAAUUUAUUCCAAUGAUUUAAUUCAGAGGACAUAUACAAAUAUCACAGAGGUCAACGAUGGAGAAGCUUGA